UAUUAUUACUCUUUAUAUUUAUCUCUGUUUUAUCUUAACUCAACACCGCUUAACUCUGUUUUUCAUCCAAAUGACUCUGUUUUCGCCAUUACCCUUUUCUUCCAAACACUACACCAUCAUUACCAAUGCUUCCCUUCUAAGAAAUCCAACACUUUCUUACACCCUUUUGCAAGAAAAUCGCUUUCACAAUAACCCCAUUAAACCACUUGUUGUAAAUAACGUCAUAUUCUUCUUCUCUGUUUUCCUCUGUUUCUCACAAUCACAAUAUAUAGAUGACUGAUGCAAAUGUUGCUUCAUUUGAGGAAUUUAUCCAAGGAUGGAUGGUUCGUCAAAGAAACUACCUUGAAGAGCUUCUAUCAGCUCAACAACAGCGUCAAGAGUUGGAUGAUUCCGAUAGGAUGAGUUUGUUAAACAGAGUACUCUGUCACUAUGGACAAUACUAUGAAGAGAAAUCAAAGAUAGCCCAACAAAAUAUUCUUCUUGUUUUUUCACCACCCUGGUUGAGUUCAUUGGAAAAAUCGUUUCUUUGGGUGGCAGGGUUCAAACCAGGAAUGGCAUUUCAUGUUGUGAACAGAGUUUUGGAGGAUUUGUCACAGGAUCAAAAGCAGAGGUUGAGUCAAAUCAACCAAGAGACAAAGAUGAAGGAAAGAGAACUCAAUGAUGAGUUGGCUAAGGUUCAUGAGAGUAUGGCUGCACCACCUCUUGUUGACAUGAUUAGAAGCCAUGGAAGGGUUUGUUUGAGUAGGUCAUUCAUGGCAGAGGAGGGUACAGUUCCAAUGACGUUUAAGGAAACAUUGGAGAAUUUGGUGACAAAUGCUGAUGCUUUGAGGACUGAGACAGCUUUGAGAGUUGUUCAGGUACUGAAACCAGCUCAAGUUCUUAACUUUUUUGUUGCUGUGGCUGAGCUUCAAAUCAAGAUCAGGUCUUUGGGUUUGGAUAAGGAUGCUCAGAGUGGAAACCAAGGAUGAAAUCAUGGGAAUUUUAAGGUUUUUCUUCUACAAGUUUGAGUUGUGUAGGAGUAAUGUAUAGGCCUUAGCAGUAAUGGUGGUGAUGAUGUGCAUUGACAGUGUGAACUCAGGUUUUCUACCACUAUUGAUGUUUCGUUGAUGAUCAUUGAAAAAUGAUGUGCAAGAUCAGGCCAUGCAAUGCAUGCUUUAUCUGGAAGCUAGAAUAUCACUUUUCAAGCAUCAGUAAUUUUGAGAGAGAGACUUAAGGAUCUCAUCUCAAACAGCUGCCUCAGAUUUAAUUAUUUGUUUAUUAAUUAUAUUAUUAUUAGUAUAUAUUUAGCUUAGUAGAUAUCUUUUCUUCUUUUGUGAUAUUAAGACAUGUUUGUGAGUGAAGAACUGUGAUGCAUAACAUGCGGAACCUAAAAAGAAUCACAUUUUCAAUUUCCCAUGCACUUGCACAUUUAGCAUCAUAACAGGUUUCUCCCAGCUAGGUCUUUUUUAUGCUUUCCUCAACACACGUUUCAUUCUUCACAUAGCAAUGGCAAGAGAGUUCUGAAUGCCAAAGUCUCAAAGAUUCAAAAUGAAGUAGUUAUAUUAAGUGGAAAAGGGUGAUCCGGCAGCUUGUUCUCCAUAGCAUUCAACAACAAAAGAAAAAGAGAGUAGACUUCAAGAAUAUCCAAUAUCAUUAUUAUUUUGUAUUUCAUUGCUUUGUCACCCAAACCUUUUAUAAUUAUUAUUUAAUUGAAUGUUUGUGUUUUGGUACUCAAUAAUAUUACACUUUUACA